GCCAGCCGGGUGAGGUCUUGGCUUUUCCUCUUUUGGCGGAAGCAGAAGCUUCUUUCCUAUUUUGGCCCUCAGUCCAGAGGGAGCUUUUUAGUUUCUUGGGAUGAAAGUGAUCUUGAGGACUGUUUGGAAAAUUAGUGAUCUCAAAGGCUAUCCUAAGACUGGGACAGAAAUUGUUCAGUUAAAGUGAAAUCAUUAGAGACUACAACGUUGUUUGGAGUAACCAGAUUAGUAGCGAUUCGGUGUCGCACGGUUUGAUUUGUUGUUUGCAUAGUCGGAAAUUAAUAGUUCCUUCGAAGUGCUCCGGUGCUCGUUUUAAUGACCCCGGGUUGGUUAAAAUGUGGACAUAAAUCACUCCCUUAAACUGUGUGUGGUGGCAAAACCGUUCGAUAAAUCCGCAGACAGAGUGUUUGUGCGUUAGCUAAAUGUUUGACUAACUACCGUCAGCGAAGGUGCUACUGACAUUCAACAGGGCAACGGUUUUUUUUCCGGUGAGCGAUUCCUCUGCCGAUAAAAUAUACAUAUUUCCCGAACCCCACUCGCAAUGACCGCAACCACGGGUAAUAAUGAAAAUCUUUCGACGGAACACGGCCAACGACAAGGGCGGCGAGAUUAGAAUCUUGACGUGGCCAUCGGCAGGUAUUUUCUCGUCUCUCCCGUUCCGGAAACUCAUUUGCACCGGCCAGGAAAAACGCACCCUGCUGUGGUCAACGAUCCUUUCCUUGGAGUCGUUCCUCUUUUAACCUAGCAAAGGUAAAAGAAAUCUGUUUCCUAAGCCUUUCCUUCUCCAAUAGUAACUGGAUUGAAAAAGUUUCCCCACAGCAUCUGAGGGAUAACCCUAGUUUUUGCUCACCUAAGUUUCGUCUAUCCAGCUUAACUUUAAACACUCGAACUUAACUCACGGCCUGCUGAAUUGCAAACAACAAAAAGCCAUAAAAAAUCACAUUGUAUGCCGACUACUGAGCCUAUCGUACCUCCAGUAGAAGCAGACGAAGAAGAAGAAGAAGCAGAAGGUGACGACGAAGUAGGCGGCGCUGCCAGUGAAGAUGACCAAUGAUACGAAUUCUUCCAAUGUCAACGCUGGCUUUGUUGAUCAGGCCAACUGCAAGAAGCGCGAAUCGUGGCACACAAAUGGCGACGCGGCCGGAGAUGGAGCUGGUGGUGCAUCCUCCAUGGCGGAUCCGGACGCGAAUCCGGACGACGAAUCCGGUGAAGGUGGGCCAGGGACCAUCGGCGACCAUCAGACGAAGGAAACGGCAGCCCUAAAUCCUAAAAGUGGUGCACCACCUCCUCCUCUCGGCGGAAGCAAAGAACGAGCCCUGGUGGUCACCCUAAAUGGGGAACGGCGCCGCGAGACUUGGGGUCAGAAGGCCGAGUUUCUGCUGGCGGUGAUCGGAUUCGCCGUCGAUUUGGGCAACGUUUGGCGUUUUCCGUACAUUUGCUACCAGAAUGGGGGUGGGGCUUUUCUCAUCCCAUACUGCAUCAUGUUGCUGUUCGGGGGGCUGCCGCUGUUCUACAUGGAGCUUGCCCUGGGGCAGUUCCAUCGAUGCGGCUGUCUCUCGAUUUGGAAGCGCAUCUGCCCUGCACUGAAAGGUGUGGGCUACGCAAUCUGCCUGAUCGACAUUUAUAUGGGCAUGUACUACAACACGAUUAUUGGCUGGGCGGUUUAUUAUCUGUUCGCUUCAUUUACCACGGAACUGCCCUGGACCAAAUGCGGUAAUUUAUGGAACACCGAGGCCUGCACACCGGUCACAUCGUUGGCCAAUCUGACCCGUCUCGACGCGGCCAGAAGCACCAUGGAAUCGAUUACAAAUGCAACGACGCUGACGACGACGACGUCAAUUGUGGGGGCCUUCGGAAACUUUACGACCCUGGCGGGACUCAAUCGGACCGGAUCGACGGCUACGACGGUCAUCGGCGGGUUGCUGGGGAAUGUCACUUCGACUGUGGCCAGCGUCGUUGCGGCUACUGGCGCGGGAGCUGCCCACGCCGUCCCGGAAAUGGUUCGAACAAGUCCGGCGAGGGAGUUUUUCGAGCGCCAGGUUCUAGAGCAGUACAAAUCGGACGGGCUGAACUUUAUGGGUCCGGUGAAGCCUUCGUUGGCCCUCUGCGUCUUCGGGGUGUUCGUGUUGGUGUAUUUCUCGCUGUGGAAAGGUGUUCGGAGUGCCGGAAAGGUAGUGUGGGUGACGGCCUUGGCUCCCUAUGUGGUCCUGUUGAUUCUGCUGUUCCGUGGAGUGACGUUACCUGGGGCGGCCGAGGGAAUCCGGUACUACCUAACACCGGAGUGGCAUAAGCUGAAAAAUUCUAGGGUAUGGAUCGAUGCCGCCUCGCAGAUAUUCUUCUCCCUCGGUCCCGGAUUUGGGACCCUGCUGGCCCUCUCGAGCUACAACAAGUUCAACAACAACUGCUAUCGUGACGCUCUGCUAACAAGCAGUAUCAACUGUUUGACCAGCUUCCUGGCUGGGUUUGUGAUCUUUUCCGUUCUCGGGUACAUGGCCCAGGUGCAGAACAAAUCGAUCGAGGACGUCGGCCUGGAAGGACCGGGACUGGUGUUUAUCGUCUAUCCGGAAGCGAUUGCCAUGAUGAAGGGAUCGGUGUUUUGGUCGAUCAUCUUCUUCCUGAUGUUGAUCACGCUUGGGCUGGACAGUACUUUCGGUGGACUGGAGGCCAUGAUAACGGCCCUGUGCGACGAGUAUCCGAGGACAAUUGGACGGCGAAGAGAGCUGUUUGUUCUGAUCCUGCUGGGACUGAUCUACAUUUGUGCACUACCGACCAUGACCUAUGGUGGCGUUUAUCUGGUCAACUUCCUGAACGUGUACGGGCCGGGGUUAGCGAUCCUGUUUGUGGUGUUUGUCGAAGCGGCUGGCGUGUUCUGGUUCUACGGGGUGGAAAAUUUCUCCGCCGACAUCGAACAGAUGCUGGGCAAGAAGCCCUCGCUAUUUUGGCGCAUCUGCUGGAAGUACAUCAGCCCAACGUUUUUGUUCUGCAUCCUCGUCUUCUCCCUGCUGGGUUACGAAUCCAUGCUCGAAGGCGAAUAUACGUAUCCGGAGUGGAGUACUGCCGCAGGUUGGAUUCUGACGUUAUCGUCGGUGUUAUGCAUUCCAUUGUAUGUUAUCUAUAAAUUUAUGAGAAGCAGAGGAAACUGCAAGGAUCGUCUCCAUCAAACGUUCAAGCCGGAACCUUUGAUACAGUCGGCCAUACCAGGGCAGACGUACUCGGGCACGGCCGUCUGACAUGAUUGCCCCAGGAAAACGAGUGACCGCGAGGCGGCUUAUCCGGAACGUCAACCUCGUCAUUGUUGCUGCUGCCAUUGUUGCUGCAGCUGCUGCCGUUAUAACUAUUGCUUUAAUCGUAUCGAUUCACCAACGAACUGUAGUUGUUCCCCGAAGUACUACUAUUACUGCUACAAUUCCAACCAGAAUAUCACUAAUCUCAGCAUAGCUACUACUACCAGUAAGCAUAGUCAUAAUAACCAUAAUGGUGUACGUCGUUCUUCUAGCGGUACUGAGUAUGAUACAAACGAACAACAUAAACUAGGAGAUAAUUUGCUAUUAGAUGUGGACGCUGCAAGCUACUGCAAGCCAAAGAUAACAAGAAAGCCUAGUGAUACUGAUAGUGUUUACCAAAGCUACCACUGUAGGAAUAGUGAGCAUGAUAACGGAUUAUAUGCAGGAUUUCGGAUGACUAAACUGUCCUUCCCGCUGGCCACGGAGUGGUUGGUUUAAGUUUAAAGUUUCCGAACCUCAAUCGUACUUACCAUUACUUCUGAUGAUUUAACAGAUGAUACCUUCUUAUUUUGUUUUGAAUUUCUUCAGAACAGAACAAACUGUGCCAGCACAGCCAACUGAGAUGGUUUGUUCGCGUGUUGCAUUUUAAAAAUUCUUCCCUUUUACUUUUCAUCAGAAUCGAAAUUUUCAUUCCCUGUAGGAGAAAAGUUGGACAGCUAGCAUGAGUAAGAGAUUGAGCGAAAGAAAGAGAAAACUACUUACUGUUAUCGAUGAAAUCGUGUUACUCUUUAGCCAAAGUGUUGUUUGGAACGGGAUUCCCCCUUUAAAUCAAGAUUCGCGUUAUGAGGUGCAACUUUUAUAUACACCUGCAAAAUGUAGAUGAUAUUCUAUAUAUACAUUCGUGGAUCACUAUAUACUUAAGUAUAAAAAAGAAAAUGGCGAUAUAUUAUAUAUUUAGCAAAUCAGAUAAGGUAGUUUAGCUUAAAGUCAGUCGUUAGUGUUUGUAUAUGAUGUGCUUUAGAACAAAAAAUGGAAAUGAACAAAUCAAAUAUAUUAAUAGCUUGUAAGAAACUUGCAUCCUGUACAACGCAUUCGGUAAAUUUCGGUUACUGAAUCAGAUAGUAAAUGGAACUUAAUAUCAAAAUUCCGGUAGCGCCCCGCAUUGGAUCAACCCUCGAAAAGUCACCACACAUGUAGAGUGUUUGAGUGGUAAGCAGCCAUUUACGGUUUGAACAUUCGUAUCCUCAGUCAGAGUAAUUGUGGUGAUAUUUGAAGAUUCAGCCAAGUGUUACCGGAACGAUUUUCAUCAGUUCUGUCGAUGCAAAAAUUAAGACAAUAAAAUGAUUUCGUUUUUAUUUUCUAUCUAAA